UGCCACGUGAACUGAGACAACAGAAAUAAUAUACUUCCAUUUUGUCUCAUCUUACCUCGACCCGGGCUGCCAUGCUGUUUGAAGUAACCAAAAAACAACUCCACCGGUCGGAACGGGUCAAGGGCAUCGAUUUUCACCCUACCGAGCCUUGGCUGCUCACUGGACUCUACAAUGGCACCGUGAAUAUCUACAACCACGAAACCGGCGCCCUAAUCAAGACAUUUGAAGUCGCAGAGGUCCCAGUGCGAUGCGUCAAGUUCAUUGCGCGCAAGAACUGGUUCGUUGCCGGAUCUGACGACUUCCAGCUACGUGUCUACAACUAUAACACCCAUGAAAAGGUCGCCGCUUUCGAGGCACACCCGGAUUAUAUUCGGUGUUUGACAGUGCACCCGACGGCCAGCAUCGUCUUGACGGGCAGCGAUGACAUGACUAUCAAGGCUUGGGACUGGGAUAAGAGCUGGAAGAAUAUCCAGAUAUACGAAGGCCACACACAUUACAUUAUGAAUCUUGCCUUUAACCCCAAAGAUUCCAACACUUUUGCCUCAGCCUGUCUCGACCGUACCGUCAAGAUGUGGUCGAUAGGUUCUCCCACCGCCAACUUCACCAUGGACGCCCAUGACAAGGGUGUCAACUAUGUUGACUUCUAUCCGGGCGCGGACAGGCCCUACCUCGUCACCACCGGCGACGACAAGACAGUCAAGGUCUGGGACUACCUCAGCAAAAGCUGUGUGCAGACCAUGGAAGGCCACACGAACAACGUCUCCUUUGCUAUAUUCCACCCCAAUCUACCUAUUAUCAUCAGCGGAAGUGAGGAUGGAACGAUCAAGAUGUGGAAUAGCGGCACAUACCGUCUCGAGAAUACCCUCAGCUACGCCAUGGAGCGCGCAUGGUGUAUAGCCUUGAGGAAAGACGCGAAUGAAAUUGGUGUCGGGUUCGAUGAGGGCGCUGUUGUGAUCAAGCUUGGUCGUGACGAACCAACCUUCAGCAUGGAUCCUUCUGGGAAGCUGAUUUUUACGCGUAACCAGCAAGUUCUCUCUGGGAACGUCCAGAUGAUCCAACAUGACGACUCCUCUCCUGCGUCCGAUGGCGCACGCCUUCCCAUUUCCCUCAAAGAAAUAGGCUCGUCCGAAAUAUUUGCCACAUCGCUCAUCCACUCUCCAAAUGGCCGGUUCGUCACGGUAGUUGGAGACGGAGAGUAUAUCACCUACACUGCCCUCGCAUGGCGAAACAAAUCCUUCGGAAACGGCAUUUCAUUCGCCUGGGCUCCUGAUUCCAACACGUAUGCCGUUCUCGAAAACAAAGUGAAACUACGGGUUUACAAGAAUUUCCGAGAACGUGGCGGGGCUGGCAUGAAAGGCGUUGGUAGCUGGUCGAUGGAUGGCAUACAUGGCGGAACCCUCUUGGGCGCGCGAGGAUCUGGUUUCGUCAUGUUUUGGGAUUGGGAAUCUGGAGAGAUUGUGCGGAGAAUAGACGUUGAGGCGCAGAAUAUUUACUGGUCAGGAACGGGCUCGUUGGUGGCCAUCGUUGCUGCCGACUCGUUCUACAUCCUGCGAUUCGACCGCGACGCUUAUAAUGCCAAAAUUGAGGAAGGUGCGGAGAUCUCAGAUGAGGGCGUUGAAGAGGCCUUUGAGGUUGUGGCGGAUGUACAAGAAGGAGUUCGAACAGCAAAAUGGGUUGGCGACUGUUUCAUAUACACAACUACUUCCAAGCGACUGUGCUACUUUGUUGGCAGCGAGUCGUAUACUAUCAGUCCAUUUGACACGCCUCUAUAUCUCCUCGGUUACAUACCUGCCCACAACCGCGUCUAUCUCGCCGACAAAGAUGUCAAUAUCUACGGAUACUCUCUAUCGCUCAGUGUCGUCGAAUAUCAGACGGCUGUUCUCCGCGGCGACAUGACGGCGGCGGACGAAAUUCUACCUAUGCUCCCCAGGGAACAGCUAAACAAAGUCGCUCGGUUCUUGGAAGGCCGAGACCUCAAGGAACUCGCAUUGAAAGUAACCACCGAUCCAGAUCACAAAUUCGAUCUGUGCCUCCAGCUCGAUGACUUGGAUACAGCCGUCGAGAUCACCCGCUCAAUCCCGGAGUUGGAAGCUGAAGCCAAGUGGAAGGCAUUGGGCGACCGUGCGCUCACCGUCUGGCGCUUCGACCUCGCGCGGGAAAGCUUCGAGAAAGCUGGAGACCUGAGCGCUCUCAUGCUUCUCCUGCUCGCAACUGGUGAUCGCGACGGCCUGAAGGCCCUCUCGUCAAAAGCUUCUGAGAAGGGCUUGAACAACUUGGCUUUUGCCACGUUGUUCCAGCUUGGGGAUGCGAGCUCGUGCGUGGACCUCUUGAUGAAGACGCAGCGAGCACCGGAGGCGGCGUUGUUUGCUAGGACGUAUGCACCAAGCCAGGUGCCAAAAGCUGUUAACGCGUGGCAAGCAGAUCUCAAGACCAAGAAUCGACCCAAGAUCGCCGCGUCUGUAGCGCAUCCCGAGGAGAAUGCAGAUUUGUUCGAGGAGGGAUGGGAGGAUGCUUUGACGAAGGAGUCAGGAAAUCAUAAUGCUGUUUUGGUAGAUACGACGCCGUGAGCCCCUGGGUGUUCGAGUCGAAAGUGGCUGACGCGAGCUUUAGGCGUGGCUUUGAUCCCGUACUAGGUUAGGUCGAGGCGUGUUUGAAACGUUUAGCUGGACAAUACCGGCGGGAGGGCGCGAGACUAAUAAUACAAAGGGAAAGCUUCGCAUCGGGAUGCGCGCGCC